AUCAUGAACUCCGGGAAUGAAAGUUGGCACUCUGGUGGUGGGCCUCCAUCACACCCUAGCAUGGAUCAAAUGAACCAACAGCCUCGGCCAUUAGGGCCUUUCAGUCAAAACCCUUCUCAAGCGGGUCCGCCUUCACAGAGCUCUGGUCCCGUUCUCCCACCCCCAGCCAGAGCCAUGGGGCUCCCCACCAACCUCCAUCAUACGCACAACACCCUGCAGGCCCCCCCCCACGGUUCCGGACAUUCUCUCCCCGGCAUCGGCCAGGCGAUGCAGCACGCCUCUCCUCAGUCUCUUAACCGCGAACGCGAGCGAGACUCGAGAGAACGCGAGAUCAUGGAGCGCGAGCGCCAACGACAGGAAGAGAUGGCCCACCGCGAACGCGAGCGCGAGCGAGCAGAGCAAAUGGAGCGCGAACGCCAGCACCAUCCUGUUCAGAGUCACCCUGGGAAUGUGCAGUCAUCCGGUGGCCCUGCCAGCCUAUUCGGCACUCCGAUGCAGCAGCAUGGUGAUGGUACACCUCGACCUUAUAUGCAACACCCCGCUGGUCCUCCAAUGAUGGGAGGGUAUACCGGCUCGGGGCAGCAGAUCCCCGGAAAUGUUGCAGCUCUUGCCCAAGGACAGCAGCCAAUUCUGAACGCAAGUCACCCAACUGGGCCCCAACACACUCAGAACAUACGUCUAACAGAAACCUUCCAUGUACAGGAUGCCCUCAGCUAUUUGGACCAGGUCAAGGUACGAUUCGUUGACCAGCCCGAUGUAUACAAUCGCUUUUUGGACAUCAUGAAGGACUUCAAAAGCCAAGCCAUUGAUACCCCGGGCGUGAUUCAGCGAGUUUCCACGCUGUUCAAUGGCCACCCAGCCCUCAUCCAAGGGUUCAAUACCUUCCUCCCCCCAGGUUAUCGCAUUGAAUGCGGCACGGAAGACAACCCUGAUGCCAUUCGUGUGACUACGCCUUCAGGCACAAACACUUUGAGCAUGCCUCGCGCAGGACGACCUUUGGAGCCCACAAAUGAAAUGGGUCCAUCCAGUAGCCUCGCUCAGCAUAGUCGGCCCGAUUAUUAUGAACAGUCCCGCCCUGGUUGGCAACAGAAUCAGCAGCAGCCAUCUCAGCAACAGACGUCAGGAUCUUAUUCGCCAGGCUCGCGUAUGAUCAGCUCGAUGUAUCAGCCCGAGAAUCAAGGGUCUGCCCAAGAACAUCCUUAUGCGUACCAAAACCCGGAGUCUCAGGGAGCUUCGGCCUUAUCACGCCCUCAGGACCAUCGGGGAGUUGCCCAGCUUCAGGGCGCCGCAUCAGCCGCGUCUGGCUUGGGAAGAGGUUCCAUGAUGUCAACUUCGAACGCAGGCCAGAACGCCAGUCUCACCCAGUCCGCCAGUGGGUUAGCUGGCUUGGGUGGUAUGCUGCAGGGCGGACAUCCCGAUUUGAACAAGCGGGGACCUGUUGAAUUCAACCAUGCAAUCAGCUAUGUGAACAAGAUUAAGAAUCGGUUCUCAAGCGCUCCGGAAAUUUACAAGCAAUUCCUGGAGAUAUUGCAGACCUACCAACGCGAGUCGAAACCAAUUCAAGAUGUGUAUGCACAAGUGACUCAGCUAUUUAACACCGCACCUGAUUUGUUGGAAGAUUUCAAGCAGUUUCUGCCUGAGUCCGCUGCGCACGCCAAACAACAAGCGGCGCAGGCAGCUCGUCUUGCUGAGGAAAGCAUUCCCAUGAGCAACAUGCGUGGUGACUCCAUCGGUCAUCCUUCUCAAACUCCAAAUCGGGACAUGAAAAACAUGCCCCCAAUGGGCAACUUUAACGUGAAAGACUCAGGCAAGGAGAGCAAGAAACGACGAGGAGGUCCUGGCGGCGGUUCAAUUUCAGGGCCCGCUGGCGUUGAUGUCCGUUUGCCGGAAUCCAGCUUGCGGGGCCAGCCUCCCCAGUUUGGCAACAAGCGAACCAAGUACACCCAUGGCAAGACUGCUGGACCGGCCGAUAUCCCUAAUGCGUCCCCAACCCUUGUCCCUGCUCUCCCAGAGCCGAUCCCUCCAUCCGUAUCGGCGACUCCAAGCCAAGAGGAAAUUGCUUUCUUUGACCGUGUGAAGAAGUUCAUCGCCAACAAGCAACUCUUCAGUGAAUUCGUUAAGCUUUGCAGCCUGUACACUAGCGAUCUGAUCGAUCGCUUUGUGCUUGCGAAGCGCGCGGAAAAAUACAUUGGCUCCAACGUCGAGUUGAUGAACUGGUUUCAGCGGUUCUUGAAUGCCGAACACCCCGAGGAUAGAAUAAUUGACCCCAAGCCCACCGAGGAGACUGAUGGAGUCAAUCUUUCCCGGUGUCGAGCCCUUGGGCCUAGCUACCGUCUCCUUCCUUUCCGCGACCGCCACAAGCCAUGCAGUGGUCGUGACCAGCUGUGCCGGGAAGUUCUCAAUGAUGAAUGGGCAUCUCACCCCACUUGGCAUUCCGAGGAUUCUGGGUUCAUUGCUCACCGCAAGAACGGGUUUGAAGAUUCUCUGCAUCGCAUUGAGGAGGACCGCCACGACUACGAUCACCACAUUGAGGCUUGCACUCGAACUAUUCAACUUAUGGAGCCUAUUUGCCAACAGUUCCUGCACAUGUCUGAGAGCGAGCGAGCCAACUUCCAAUUACCACGCGGUCUGGGUGGACAGAGUGAAGCCAUCUACCAGCGAGUCAUCAAGAAGGUCUACGACCGUCAGCGGGGUGAGAAGAUCAUCCGCGACAUGUUCGCACGACCUUGCCAGGUUACACCAAUUGUUCUGUAUCGGCUCAAGCAGAAGCUCGAGGAAUGGAAAGCUUGCCAGCGGGAAUGGGACAAAGUCUGGCGUGAGCAAAUGCAACGCUCCUACUGGCGCAGUCUCGACCAUCAGGCCAUUGCAACGCGGUCGACGGAUAAGAAGUUGUUUAUUGCGAAGGUUAUCCAGCAGGAUCUUCAGGCCAAGUUUGAGGAAACUCAAAUUUCUCGCAAGAACGGUCUGAAGGUUCCAAACCACCAGGCUGAGAUGAAGGUCCAGGAUAUCGAUGUUCUCUUGGAUGCCACGCACUUGCUCUGCAUGUUCAUGGACCGGACCAACUCCGGAUUCGGCGCCGAACCAUCGCGGCUGAUCAACUUCGUCAAAGACUUCAUUCCCAUCUUCUUCGGGCUGGAUCGCGAAACCUUUCAUGAUUAUAUGGAUGAACUUUCGGCCGCAGCCACCCCUGCGGAGGAGUUAGAAGACAAUUUCGAUGCUGACGACGUUUCCAAUACCAGCCGCAAGGGCCCUAACAUGCAAAAGCUGGCAGUCCUCCGUGAGGCCCUUGAGCGCCGAGAGCCGAAGAGUAGCUCCAAGGAAGAUGGGCCUACGGCUACCCAAGCACCCCAAGUCAGUCAGCAGCCUACGCCUGAUGGCCUGCGGGCUCUCUCUUCAGGCCUUUCAGACUCUGGAGAGGCCUUCGAUGCCGCUGAAUUGAAGUGGAUGGAGCACCCCGGCCAGGGCAACUUCAAUGUCGAGCAAGAAUACACGCUCAACGAGAAGUACAGGAAGACAUCGCACCACAUGUACUGCAAUCUGAACAUCUUAUGUUUCUUGCGCACCUUCGACAUCUUCUAUUCUCGUCUGCUGCGCAUCAAGGAGCAGGAGGGAGAGGCACACGAGCAAAUCCGCCGUGGCCUCCUUCCGAAGCCCGCCAAGGAUCUUGGUCUCAUUGACCGCCUCCCCAGCGAUUUCUUCUACGAUGUUGACCCCAAGGCCAACCUCUACAAGCAAAUUGUGCGCAUGUGUGAGGAAGUCAUUCGGGGGGAUAUAGACCAACUCCAUAUGGAGGAGACUCUUCGCCGCUUCUACAUGCAGAGUGGCUACCUGCUGUACAACCUGGAUCGCAUCCUCAACUCCAUCAGCAAGUACGUGGCCUCGAUCUUCACAGGAGACUCGCGUGACCGUAGCUCCGACAUUGCGAAUCUGUUUUUCCGGGAGCGCGAGAAGGAGGAGACGACCCACGCACAGGAGAUUCAAUACCGCAAGCAAGUCGAGAAGCUCGUCAAGGAAGGCGACGUCUAUCGGGUUACAUACAUACCGUCAGACCACCUAGUCACCAUUCAGGUGAUGACCCCCGAAGAUACCACCCUUGCAAAUGACGAGUUAAGCCGGGAAGCUCGCUGGUCAUACUACGUGACCUCCUACUCCAUGCGGGAUCCCACAGAGGGUGUAAGCUUCUCUGACAUGCGCAUGCCCUUCCUCAAGCGGAACCUCCCGGCGAAGCUUGAUGAAGACGAGGAGUAUGACCGCUUCUACCGUCGCCUCGAGCACCACGACGGUCUCGUCCACCGCAUCUGUGCCAACAAUUAUACCAUCCUCUAUCAGCCCGGGACCUACGACUUCUUUUGGCGGUCAAACGCCCCCAUCCCUGGGAAGGAUGCGGAUGCUGAGACCCUCUCCACCAUGGAAGAAGCCCUCAGGCAAGAGCAGGCGACCCUGGCCGAGAAGCGUCGGGACCGCUUCCGCGAGAAGUUCGUCAACAAUCCGAGCUGGGCCAAGAACCUCAGCAAGGAUAGUGUUGACGAAUCCAACCAGCGCUUCCGCAGCUGGAUGGAUGGAGCCCUGCUUCCUGCGGAGGACGUCGGCUCCGGUGAGGGUGUUGAGAAGCCCGCGGAGCCCAUCCCUGCCAAGCCUGAGCCCGCGGACACCGAGAUGGAGGAUGCGCAACCAGAGGCUGAGACGGCUGCGGCCGGUGAGGCUGAGGCGUAG